CGGCGGCGGAUGAGUCAGCCCUGAGGCGGCAUGGAGCCCUUCCCGCCGCCCACGGAGGAGGAGGACGAGGAGGACUGGCUUCGCCCGCAGCCGGGCGGCGGGGCCGCUCCGCCCGCCCCGUCAGGCCACAGCAAGUCUGUAUCGGUAAGAAGCGCAGCAUCCAGAGUGAUUGUGCACGUUGACUUGGACUGCUUUUAUGCACAAGUCGAAAUGAUCCGUAAUCCUGAAUUAAGAGACAAGCCUUUAGGUGUGCAACAGAAAUACAUCGUAGUUACCUGUAACUAUGAAGCCAGAAAACUUGGAGUUAAGAAAUUGAUGUCUGUCAAGGAUGCUAAAGAGAAGUGUCCUCAGUUGGCACUGGUUAACGGAGAAGAUCUAACUCCAUACAGGGAAAUGUCAUACAAGGUUACAGAGUUGUUGGGGGAAUUUUGUCCACUGGUGGAAAGGCUUGGGUUUGAUGAAAAUUUUGUGGAUAUCACAGAGAUUGUAGAGAAAAGACUAAACCAGCUACAGCAAAGCGGAUGUUCCAGAGUCUGUGUGUCUGGCCAUGUGUACAACAACCGAGCUAUCAAUUUGCACGAUACAACGCAUGUAAGACUAGUUAUUGGAUCUCAUAUUGCAGAGGAGUUCAGGGAAGCCAUAUAUGCGAGACUGGGCCUCACAGGCUGUGCAGGAGUGGCCUCUAACAAAUUACUGUCUAAACUAGUAUCUGGGACCUUUAAACCAAAUCAGCAAACAGUUCUUCUGCCUGAAAGCUGUCAAGAUCUAAUACGCAGCCUCGAUCGCAUCCAAAAAGUGCCUGGCAUUGGCUACAAAACUACCAAACGUCUUGAAACGCUGGGUGUUAGGAACGUGUGUGAUCUCCAAGCGUUUCCGUCUGCUGCGUUAGAGAAGGAACUAGGUGUUUCUAUCGCUCAGCGGAUCCAAAAACUCAGCUACGGAGAAGAUGACUCCCCUGUGACUCCAUCAGGCCCUCCUCAGUCCUUUAGUGAUGAAGAUUCCUUUAAAAAAUGUUCAUCAGAAGUGGAAGUCAAAGAGAAAAUUGAAGAACUGCUUCCUGACCUAUUAGACAGAAUACACAAAGAUGGAAGACAACCACACACAGUAAGAUUGACCAUACGCCAGUUCUCCUCAAAUAAAUGGUUUAAUCGGGAAAGUCGUCAGUGUCCUAUUCCACCUCAUCUCAUUCAGAAAUUUGGAAAAGAAAGCAGCAACAUUAUAUCCCCAUUGGUUGAUAUAUUAAUGAAACUCUUUCGAAAGAUGAUAGAUGUAGAUCUACCAUUUCAUCUUACCCUUUUGAGUGUCUGCUUCUCCAACCUCAAAGAUCUUCCUAGCAGCAAGAAAGGAUCAAUUGGUUUCUAUCUAAAGCAGAUGUCACCACCAUCAGGCUCUGGUAAACGUGUCCGGGAAGUGGAAGAUGUCUCACAAGGUGAGGGAAGUGCUUCUUGGAAACAGAACCACAACAAAACUGGAACUACAAAAACUAGGAAACUUUCAGAGGAAAAGAAAAGCAAUAUAAAAAAAGCAGGAAUUCCUGACUUCCCAUUUCAUUUGUCUCCUGGUGACAUUGACCAGGAAGUCUUCAGGGAACUUCCAGAAGAUAUUCAAAAAGAAAUUAUUUCUGAAAAAACAGAAGCGAUCCCUACUGAGGAUGUUUUGGGUCAGCCAUCAGUUUGUGUUGCAGAAGAGGUACACAGCACUUCCCCAAAUUCUAAGGGACUAAACAGUGAUACGCACUCUGCAGGGUGCGGUAUACGUCUCACGUCGGCUCAUGAACCUGCAGCUGUUCUGGCACACAGCUCCAGGGCCAGUUGUUCUUCUGAGUGUCCCAGAAGUGCACUGACAGGCAGCAGAAUGGAAAAACAACCUACUGACUCUCUGAACUUCAGAGGGAGAGAUCUGUCAUCUCUGGAAGCUGGAGCCAGCCAAACUGUUUUGCAUGUCCCUGUCUUGGAUAAAGAUAAGCAGGCCUUUGAAACAACUUCUGAGGAUAAAACUUAUAGUAGGCAAGCAGGAAUUGUAUUUCCGCCUAAUGUUGACGCAAAGACUUUUUAUGAACUACCUGCAGAUGUGCAAAAAGAACUACUAGCUGAAUGGAAGAGUCAGGAACCCGUGUCCAAAACAUCUAUGGAUAAACCCCCUGAAAAGCCUAAAACAAAUAAAGGAAGAAGGAAUACAGCACCAUGUUUAUCACAGUCUAACAGUUUGCUAAGAUAUUUUAAGCCACAGUGAAACAUUUUUCGUAAUAGUGACACUAUAAGAAUCAGCACUUGAAGGCACUUUGGUUAUGAAAAGUUAACUAUAAAUUGUAAAGAUGUGAAUAUUAAAAAUAUAUUUUGACGACUUUUGACAUAAAACCUGCUGGUGACUCUG